AUGGUUUCGGUUACAAUAACACCGUACUUAAAUAACCUUCCUUUUAAGUGGCUAAUCACGUUCAAGUUAUAUUGGCAAGCCAGCGACUUUGGUGCUAAACCUAACACGCCUCUCUAUGUAUUCUUUCUUUCUUUCUUUCUUUCUUUCUUUUCUUUCUUUCACUUUUGUUUGUUUGUUUGUUUCUUUCUUUCUUUCGACCACUUUUUCUUUCUUUCUUUCUUUCUUUUGACCAGUUUUUCUUUCUUUCUUUCUUUCUUUCUUUCUUUCGACCACUUUUUCUUUCUUUUCUUUCUUUCUUUCGACCACUUUUUUUUCUUCCUUUCUUUCUUUCUUUCUUUCUUUCUUUCUUUCUUUCUUUCUUUCAAACACUUUUCUCCAUUAUUCGUUCUUUCUUUCUUUCUUUCUUUCUUUCUUUCUUUCUUUCUUUCUCUUUUGAUCUCCAAAAUUUUUCUGUUUCAUUACCUAGUGUAUGUCAUCUAUCUAUCUAUCUAUCUAUCUAUCUAUCUAUCUAUCUAUCUAUCUAUCUAUCUAAGAGUCAAAUAUUGUGAGAUUUUUUCUCGUGUAUUUACGUGCAUCCCACUGUGGAUCUAUCUAUCUAUAUCUAUCUAUCUAUCUAUCUAUCUAUCUAUCUAUCUAUCUAUCUAUCUAUCUCAUUCUGUUCAUUAUCUACCUCAGUCUGUUCAAAUCUAUCUUCAGUUCUAUCUAUCUAUCUAUCUAUCUAUCUAUCUAUCUAUCUAUCUAUCUAUCUAUCUAAGUGAUAUAUUGGACGGUUGGUGUUGGGAGAUAUUACAAAUAAUCAAAUACGGUAAUUUUCCAUCUAUCCCGCUUUGUACACUAUCUAUCUAUCUAUCUAUCUAUCUAUCUAUCUAUCUAUCUAUCUAUCUAUCUAUCUAUCUCUGUGCCUUCAUUUUCUUUCUAUCUAUCUAUCUAUCUAUCUAUCUAUCUAUCUAUCUAUCUAUCUAUCUAUCUAUCUAUCUAUCUAUCUAUGUGCCUUCAUUAUCUAUCUAUCUAUCUAUCUAUCUAUCUAUCUAUCUAUCUAUGUAA